AUGUCUGAACAAUUUAUUGUGUCAUUAAUCACUUUUGUGAUCAUGUCAUUUGGUACAUUGGCUAAUCUCUUCGUGUUUCUGGCAGCUGGAAAAAUGGGUUCAAUGAACAGUUCAUUCGGAAUAAUCACUAAAAAUCAAGCAAUCUGCAACAUGGUUAUGUGUCUUAUAUUCCUUUUGUAUGUUUGCCCAAUGCAAUUGAGCAACUCUCAGCCCCUAGUCAAUUAUUCCCGUUUUCUGGGUCUUUCCGCUAUGACAGUCUACGAAGUUUCUAAUCAACUUCAUCUUCUCCUUGCAUUGAACCGUCUUUGUGCAGUGUUUUGGACAUUUCAUUAUGAUCAAAUUUUCAACAAAUUCAAUACAAACCUCAUGAAAAAUGUUGCUUGUCUGAUAGCUAUUACGAUGUGUAUUGGAUUUUAUGAAGUCCUCGGUUGCCACUUUUCGUACAAUGAUAUUUCAUGGACUUUUGUUUUUCUGAAUACUCAAAACUGCUCUACAAUAACAUGGUACUCUGACUUCAUAUUGAAUAUUUCCAUGGUUGCACUGACUCUCAUUAUCAACUUAUUAACUGCUUACAAAGCUGGAAAAGAUAGUCGUAACUUGUUGAGUUCCGUUGGAGUUCAGAUGUCAAAAGAACAAAAACAAAGAGAGAACAGUUUCAUUCGUCAAUCAUUUUUCCAAGGAGCAUCCAUUUUCGCUGGACAAGUUACAUAUUAUGUUACAGCUCCAUUGGUCUCUAAUUCUAUAUUAUUGUUUUUGGAUGCAAGUCUUUGGGCAUUCAUGCAUGCAGUCGAAGGAGGAAUCAUACUCGCUUCGAAUAAGGAAAUGAUUUCGGUGGUGAAGAAAAAGCGGCGUAGAAUCAAUUGCAUCGGUGUUCGUGUUGAUGUUCUAGAAACUGCCAACGAUGUGGGUAUCACUUGA